CUGGGCUUUGACGUUGUUUAUCUCGAAUUCUCUAUUGAUUGCAGGUGUUCGUUGUUUUUAUUGGAUAAUGAGCACAAGGAGCUGGUUGCGAACGUGUUCGAUAAUGCCGGCGAUUUGUCGGAAAUUAGACUUCCAAUGACAAAAGGUGUUGUUGGACGAGUGGCAACAACAAGAUCAAUGAUGAAUGUUCGGGAUGUUAAAAGAUGUCCAUUUUUUUACGCACGUGUCGAUCAAUUAACCGGCUUCCAUACAAGAAACAUCCUGUGCUUCCCAAUCAUUGAUAAUUCCGAAGUUCUCGUGAUAUCGGAAUUCACUAGAGACCUUUAG